AUGGCAGAAGACCACCUGCGAACGCUACGGCGUUUGAUGAAGCGAUACAAUAUUCGGUUUCUGCGAUCAGACGAGGGGGUGCCUGAACUUCACGCGGACACGUUCAAUAACAUCAAGAAAUUAGGGAGUUAUCAGUUUGAUAUCUAUUCGGCUGGUGUAAAUAUUUGGUCUUCCAAAGAACCCUGGAAGCAGCAGAUCAAAGCCCGUGCCGAGUGGCUUUGCCAGCGCGCUGAGCGUUUAUUUGGUCAGGAGCGCAACGAAGCGGGCUGGCGCUUUGGGCUGGAGAAUCAUAUCCUAGGGAGAUUCUUAGCUGAAGUUGCUUGUCCAAGAUGCAGGGCGAGAAUCUGGCAGUCUGAGAUACAGGCUACAUUGAGUAAUAAUCAAAUCGAGCAUGAAGGAGAACUUGAGCAACGCAGAAAACGGCGAAAGCCUUGUCAAUGUCCUCCCGACGAACGAAUUAAAGACUUCUACGAAAUUGGAACGAAUCCCCUCUUCGAUGACCGAGCCCAGGAGUUUGUUGUAUAUGACGAGCUUCUCAGAUCACAGCUCCCCAAACAAGGUCCUGAUCGCGUCCUGGGCCUGCAAAACACCAGGAAUUUGGAUACUUUGUUACUGAGUCCCGUUCGACCAGAACUUGCCAAGCAGCGAGACGAUACUGUCUCCGAUAUUCUUAAAUCUACGCCCUUCAAAAGUCAAGCUGAUCCUCUACUCUUCCCCUUUUUGCUCUUAGAAGCAAAAUCCGAAACAAGUUCCUGUGGAUUUGAUGCCAUCCAAGUGCAGUCAGCGUUCCCGAUUUACGCACUUUUGAAGCUUCAAGAGGAAUUGCGGUCCUACGUGGAUUGGUCAUCAGGAGAAGAACGUUUUGAGCCUUUGGUAUGGUUUCUGGCCUCUCGUGGGGAUCAAUGGAAAGUGUAUGGGGCACAUCUUGAGAAGGGAGCAGAUGGGGGUCCUACAAGAUAUGGUAUAACACUACUCUGGUCGGGGUCGCUUUUGCACAAAGACAACGCGUUGCAACUCUUGCUUAUUGUUGACUACAUAAUGGACUGGGCAAGGGAUAUCUACCGUAUGGCCAUUCUGAAACAGCUACAAUCCUUGGUCACCGGCCAAGCAUUUGAUCAAAUCAGCAUUAUUGACAGUGAGAUUAUCUCGAUGCGCAGGGAUCCAACUAGUUGGAUCCCUGCGCCACCCAGCACAGUGUUCGACGAGAUGGAGGAGCUAAGUGAUACUAUGGAUGAAGAUGGGCCUCCACUCAUGUCACUCGAUCACCAGGCGAUGCUCGAUUUUCGGAUCCCAAAUUCAAAGCUCGGCACCGUCCGCUCUGCCUCUCUAAUAGACUUUCGAUUCGACUGCUUUUAUCUGACACAACAACUUAUUCCGAGCUUUCUACAGGUUAUUGGAGGGCGGCACCACAAUCCACGCAACACGGAAAAAGCUGCGCGACACAUUAUUAAUUUUAUCACACAGUUUGAUGAGGUUCUUGUGAUGUCAGGGGCUGACCUUGAGCUUCUCGAAAAACUUUGGACCAGUACUGAUCGUUCAGAUCCGGAAGCCCGGGAAGAAGACUUCUAUGUUAUCAUGGAAUCCUUCGAUACCAUGAAGACUUACGCACGAUUUUCUGUACGUCGCAAGGGCAUCGAGAAUCUACAUCAACGCGAACGGCGUUGUUCUCAAAAGGUUCUCCGGCAGUGUGUUGAGUGUCUUCGAUCAGGCUCUCCCUGGCAAGUUCUCUUAGCCGCAAUUUCGAGCACUCUGGUUACUAUUUAUCCCCUACCUGUCCGACGCAGGGAAGAUUUCGCACCGCCCAUUGAUGUCCUCGGCUUUGGCUAUGCACGCGAAGACCGAGCCGCUAUGCGUGAAGGAUACACUAUGGACGAGGUCUUCUCUGCAAGGCAUGAAAAGCCACCGAAACACACCGAUCAGUCCUGGAAGCGUAUAUCAGAACAGCGAACGCACAUACUCGAGGAAGAAUGUCACAAUUCUGAUCUGUGCGAACGAUGCCGCCGGGCAUCCGAGGCCACUAUUUCCCCCUUCGCUCACGGAUACUUGGACACACGCAACCAACCAUCGUUAUCCGGCUAUGGAACAGUCUUAGUAGUGUCAUUACGAGAUCCAGCACGAUCAUAUGUGCCCGACGCCUGUGUUUUCGCGCUUAGGCCACUCCGUGAUCUGAAAGACAAUAUGGCACUGUCAAUUAUGAUUGAGGAUCUAAUGCAGGGUGCUCUAGUCUACCAUACAAUGAAGUGCGGUGCCAACGACAUUAAAUCAGGCGAUGGCAUGAAACAUAAUUUGCCUUUACCAUUCCGCACCACAAUGCUUGAUGAGGAACUCUCUCUAUUGAACUGGAUCCGGGAACUGCGCGACAAGCCACUGCUAGACAAGCAAGACCACCCCGGCUACGAGGCCUGGCUUAAGGGGGGUUAUAACCCUCACAUGUUUAUGUACUAUCUCAGCAUUGGUCAUAUCGAGCACGAAGCAUCGAUGCUAGCAAAAAACAAGGACAAUUGGGAUUUUUACAGUGCUGUUCGCCGGAUUAGAAAGGACAAUGGUAAGGAACCCUUAUUCGACUUUAGUCCUCACAGGGAAGUGAAACUCUGUGGAAAGGACCUUACCCCGCGAUUUAUGACAUGGGAUACUGGAAAGGAGUUUUUGAGACAAGAAUACCCAAGGCAGUUUCAGUUCGUCUCGUCGUUGAAUAUGCCUCAGACACCAACUGCAAGGGGAGAGUCGAUGUGA